AUGCGUCCUCCAAUGCGCUCGAGCAUCGCUUGCACGAGAUGUCGUAAGUCCAAAAUCAAGUGUGAAAAUAAGAAUGGCGAAACACCCUGCGAGAGUUGCAUCAAGACGGGAAGCCAGUGCAUUUUCAAAGUUCCCGAUCCUGCGCCUCCUAAACGUUCGGAGCCUCCGGCAAUUGUCAAACAAGAGCGAGAUGGGGGGUCGGAUAGAAAACGGCUAAAAAAGAUUGACGACAUAGCAAAGGAUGAUGGUCAAAGGGCGAUGGCACAUGCUGAAGAUGUUUUAUCUGCUCCAUUUUUGACUGAAGAUUUGUGGCAUCAGGUACUUGAUCUGUACAAGAUACAUUUCGGCCCAGAACUUUCCUUCCUAUACCUUCCAACGAUAAAAGAGAAACUAGGACGCAGAUCUAAAGCUCUACAUUCCGAACACAGCUUGGACAGCAAUCUAGUUUUGUUGGGUAUCUUGACCCUGACAGCACGCUUCCAUCCAGACCUAGUCAGAUACACUGCACAUUUGUGUAAUAACCAAUCAGGUAACACAAAGCCUCGCCCGCCUCCCUCCCAGCCGGACCCAUCUGCGGCGUCGGACUACUAUGCAGAUGUUUUAGCUAUGGCUCUUGGACCAGUGCAAACAAUGAUGGAUACUGCUUCCAUAGACCGUGUGGCGGCGUUGCUCAUGCUCGGUCUCUACGCGUGGAGUCAAACGCAACCGAAGACCGGCGGCAUGAAGGCCUGGAUGUAUGUUGGUACAGCGAUCAGAAUGGCUCAGUUCCUAGGGCUUGCGGUGGAGGGAGGCGAAAUAGGAGACCCAAGGAUUCGGGGCGCCGCCGAUUUGCGGUUGAUGAAAGACAUUAACUGCAAGUCUCAACUUGCUCUACAAAAAGAAAUUAGACGGCGAAUCAUGUUUAGCUGUUUCAUCCUCGAUAGGAUGCUCGCCUGUGGAAAAUAUCGAAUAUCAAUUAUACGUGGCGACGACCUCCAUAUCCAGUUGCCUUGCUCUGAGCAGAUGUUCGAUUUAGCCAUAGAAGUUCAAACUAGCCGUCUUGGUCAAUUGGAGCGCGGUGGGAACCAUGACAACGUACUCAGUCGAUUCAUACAGCUAGUGGACUUAUGGGGCGAGAUAUCCAAGUAUAGCUUCCGAGGCGGCCGUGUCGAAGAUAAAUACCCUCCUUGGCACGCAGAGUCAGACUUUUACAGCUUAAUGAAGGCUUUGGAAAGAUUCGACUCGACCCUCCCGAGCAUCUUUACUUUCUCAAGAUUAAACUUUUUCAGGCACGAGAAUCACCAGGCACUAAGUACCUAUGUUCUAUUGCACAUGCUUCGGUUUGUAUGUCUCAUCAUGCUACAUCGAGAAUAUGUCCCAUUUGUCCCAAUACGCUGCCGCGAGCCAGAAGGGCCUCUUGACCACCCUACUUUCACGAGAGAAGAAACGCCAGCAGGCUUUUGGCGAACAAGUGCGGAGCAGCUCUUCAAGGCAGCCAGGGGUAUUGUGGAUUUAACCGAGAUCUGCCAGAAAAAGGACAAGCUGCCGCAAUCUACUAUUGUCCUCUUUGGCAUUUGGACUGCCUCUUUUGUUGGACUAUAUGGCGCUCAUUUCCCCCAGAUGGAUACAGAGAGACACAUGCUGAGUUUCGAUUAUGAAGACACGGGCGAAGAUGUUCUCAAAGACAUUUUCAGUCGCGGACCGACUGCACUCGCAUUCCAGACACUGCUGAAAAUGGCUACUUGGCAAAAGAUGGCAUCUACCUAUGUGGAGAUCUUCCAUGGCAUGAAUGACUACUUUAGCACGAUUAAGCAGGACUAUUGCAGAUAUAGCGACCAGAACGGACGACCUAACAAUGCGACACUGCGAGUACGGGAGGGUGGCACGGGUGGCGGACUUGAAGAAUAUCGGCCCCUGGGCGCGGCGUUGAAAGACUUUGGUACUAUUCAACCAUCUGAGCACGACGUUGUAGACAUAUCAGAACGACUUCGAAUUCGUGACGUGGAGAAAGGGGGCUCGAUCCGGUCCGCGCCGCCUGCAUCCUUUACAGCUAUCAAUCACUCUUCCUCGCCGACAUCUGAACCCACUCGUCCGUUCAGCCAAGCCCAAGCCAUUGCCCGCAUAGAAACGCCGCAGGUUCAUUCUGAGCCCCAUGUGGAGUCCCGGCGGUAUCCAAACGUGUCAUGGCAUCAGCCACAUUCGUCCCCGGCUCAGACAUAUCCCACGCCUGGCUCGAUGCUUGACCCAGAGCCCACACACACGCCGGCCUUCGAGCAGAGUGUGAUGAACGAUAGCGAAGAGUUCUGGGAGAAACUCGCAAGGGGUGAGCUGCAUCGCUUUGGUGCCACUGGUGAUCUGAGCCUCUUUUCUACCGGCUACCCCGAAAUCCCCAUUACGGGCAUGCCAUUUGGCGGUCCAUUGUAUUUCCCAUGA